CCACAGCCCCGGUGUGGGAAUGUUUCGGCUCCAAACCGAAUGAGCAAGCUGAGUGUUCGAGGGAAGAACAAGAAGGAGAAACUGGAGGAUUUCUUUAAGAACGUGGUGAAAUCAGCUGAUGGCGUCCUGGUGGCCGGAGUGAAGGAUGUGGAUGAUUUCUUUGAGCACGAGAAGACGUUCCUGUUAGAAUAUCACAACCGAGUGAAAGACGCUUCGGCCAAAUCUGACAGAAUGAUUCGCUCACACAAAAACGCUGCGGAUGACAUCAACAGAAUCGCUUCGUCUCUCUACACAUUAGGAACACAGGACUCCACAGACCUCUGCAAGUUCUUCUUGAAAGUGUCAGAGCUGUUUGAGAAAACAAGGAAAAUUGAAGCUCGAGUCGCAGCAGAUGAAGACCUGAAGCUCGCCGACCUCCUGAAAUAUUACCUGAGAGAGUCGCAGGCUGCAAAGGACCUGUUGUACCGGAGGAGCCGGGCCCUGGUAGACUACGAGAACGCCAACAAGGCUUUGGAUAAAGCACGAGCCAAAAACAGAGACGUCCUGCAGGCCGAGACCAGCCAGCAGCUCUGCUGCCACAAGUUUGAGAAGAUCUCUGAGUCCGCCAAGCAAGAACUCGUAGACUUUAAAACGAGACGAGUGGCGGCGUUCAGGAAGAACCUGGUGGAGCUCGCAGAGCUGGAGCUCAAACACGCCAAGGGGAACCUCCAGCUGGUGCAGAGCUGCCUGGGGAUCCUGAAAGGUAACACCUAACUGUACGGCCCCGAACACCCAAUCACACACCCCCAUCGCCUGAGCCCUGCCCCCCAUCACCAACUGUGGGGCGGAACUUGGACGGAGGGACGGACAACACUGAGAACUCUGGACCAGAGAGAGAGAGAGAGAGAGAACAAAGGGUUAACUGUGACAGGAAGUCUGUUAUCUUCAUCACUAGCAACCACCGUCCUCCUCCUCCUCUUCAUCCUCCUCAUCCUUUUCAUCCUCCUCGUCCUUCUUGUCCUCUUCGUCUUCAUUGUUCCAUCUUUUCACUUCUCUCUUUUCAUCCUCCAGAGAAGAACACUGCAGGCUUCAUUUCAUGUUGACUAGAACAGAUCUUGUAAUCGGACGGUUUAUUGUCAACGACAAAACCUGAGCCACAUUAAAGAAAAUACGUUUUGUAAUAUUAUGAGAAAAAGUCAUAGUUCUACAAGAAUUAAGAAACAUUUUUUUUAGCAAAUAGCCAUGAAGUAGAACUCUCAUUUGAACACAGAGACAGACUGAUCCUCUGAUAUUCACCAUCUAACAUGACAAUUAUCACUUUAGUAUUGUUAAAUUACAGCUUCAUAAUAUUACAGCUUUAUUCUUGUGAUAUUAUGACUUUCUUGUUGUAAUGUCUCAAUUUUUUCUUUCUGUGGCCUUAAUCCAUUUUAUGUGUCAUUGUCUUCUUUAUAAUCAUAGCGUUUUUUGGGGGGUUUAGUGUUAAAAUCAACUUCUUGUGUGAAAACUUGAAUGAUGCAGAUUAAACCUUUGUUCUCUACUGAAAGUAGCGGCUGAGAAGCUGGUCUCACGCAAGGGGGCGGUGGGUGAGGGUGUCGACGGUGGGUGAGGAGACGGUGUGUGAGGAGACGGUGUGUGAGGAGACGGUGUGUGAGGGGACAGUGUAAGAGGGACACAACAAAUAGUUUUUUUAAGACAAUGAGACAUAAAGUGACUCUAAAGAUUUUUUUACAGUGCAGGAUUCUGUCUCCUCUGAUCAUCUCUGGUGCACUGUCACUUCAUCCUCACCUUCAUCCUCACCUUCAUCCUCACCUUCAUCCUCAUCUUCUCUGUGUGUCCUUCUGGGGAGAAGUUUCAGCAAAAGACAAAUUAAUUUUGUUUUUAACAAAGGUUUAAAAAAAAAACUGGUUAAAGUUUUGUUCAGUCUGUGAUGUCCCCAGAAGACGUGUGUGUGUCUGUGUGUGUGUCUGUGUGUGUGUGCGUGUCUGUGUGUCUGUAUGUGUGUCUGUAUCUGUGUGUGCGUUUAUGUGUGUCUGUGUAUCUCUCUCGCUCGUGCUCUCUCACUUUCUGUGUGUGUGUUAGGGUUGUUUUAUUGUGAAGGUGAACUUCCUGUGCUGCUGUGUUUUGGGUCCAGCUCUCAGCUUCUGUUCUUAUUCAAGUAAAAUAUCACAAAAUAAAAUAUGAAUAUGUACAUGUUUGUUUUAGUUACUAAUGAACGCUAAUCAUCUUCUUCAUCUUCACUAACUGUAGCUUCUGUUCAUUUUCUCUGAGUCAGAUGUUUUCUUGUCGUUCUGUUUAGGGCGGAGCUUCGGUCAGUUUUGCCUUAACAUCGAUCAAUUGCUCUGUUUGAUUUUUCAUAAGUUUUUAAAAAUUGAAAACUG